GUUCCCUCCAAGUCGGCACGCAUGGGUAUUAUAUCAUAGAACUUGACUUAUAGCCAUUUACUUGAAAGCUAUCGCAAUACAGAACCACACCAGUGUCACCCCCAAUGUUCAGCCUUCCUAAGGAUCGGAGUUUCUUGAAAUGAGCUGUCACAUAUGUUCCCGCCCUCCGACUACAAGCCUACGGUGCAUCUGUCCCACCUGUGCUCGCAACCGGCUCUACCAGCUACGGAUCGAGUACUCCGAACUUCUACUUGAGAAGGAGUCUAUAAAACAACAAAUCGAGGCUGCAGUGUUACUGAGCAAGCUAGGCGAAGACCUGACGGAAAAUAAGAACAUCUCGGAUGUCUGCCUUGAUGGAGUAUUUCCGUCCUGGGUUUCACGGAGGAUCGUUGAAAAGGAAGCUGGGUCAUCCGCGAAAACGACAGUUCUUACAAGCCACAUCGAGGGGCUAGUGGGUGAUAUCAGAGAAAAAAGACUUGAAAUCUCCCGCCGCAGGGUAUCUUUAGCACGGCGGCAAUCGGACGCAGAAUCUGCAAAGUAUCAGCUUUUCGAGCGAGAGACAGCAAUCCUGGCCAGUAUUCAGAACAGUAUUAAAAGGACUGAUCAUCUUUGGCACUCGCUUCACAGUAAGACCACAGAAGCACGGAUAUUUCUGUGCCGAGAAGCAGCCAACCUCUACGAUUUGCGACAGGGGGUGAUAAGGGUUGACGGUGCAGUACAACAGACCUACACAAUCGGCGGUAUGCACUUGGUCGAUCUCAGGCAUAUGAAUGGCGUCUCAUCAGCCCAUAUCUCAACGGCACUCUCAUAUAUCGCACAGCUACUUGUCCUCAUCUCCCACUAUCUAUCUCUAAGACUUCCAGCAGAAAUUACCCUCCCUCACCGGAAUUAUCCUUUGCCAACUAUAUUUGCGCCCUCUGCAUCAUACCUAAGGGAUAUAGGCUCGAAGUUGCCUUCUGCACAGCAGCCAGCGCCUGAUCCAAUGGAACCUCUACGACUUGACUCACACCGUCUGUCUCGGCCAAGGCCUUUGUCCAUCGACAAAAGUCUUCCCAGAUUAGCGAAGGAGGAUCCUCGCACAUAUGCCCUCUUUCUCGAAGGAGCGACAUUGCUGGCUUGGAAUGUUGCUUGGCUGUGCCGCACCCAGGGGCUCAAUUCAAUGUCAGAGUCUUGGGAAGAAAUCUGCGACAUGGGAAAAAAUCUAUGGCAAUUGCUUGUGGCACCUCCCGCGCAGCAAUCAACGCUAAUGAGAGCGUUUGCUGGUCGAGAUAUUCACGUAAAGGUGAAGACAUCCAAAGUCUCACCUAAGACUAGUAUUCAACGAACCGUGUCAUUCCCUAUGUUGGGACACUAUUCACACGGCACUGCGCAUUCAUUCCUAGGUUCUGCCGAAGGUGCAGAGUUUAUGCGCACUUGGAGGCUUCCAUCUCCGACCAGAGUCAUAGAUAAGCUGAAGUCGACACUGAUGGGAGAAUUGGCGAGUGCAGAAUGGGAGUUACUUGAAAGGCGCGAGUUGGAUGACAUAACCCAUGGCCGAAGCAGUUCCGUGUCUCAAUCUUCUUCUAUCAUUCCCGCUAGUACCUGCAAAAUGGGAUCUGUCGACGCAGAUGCAGUCUCGGAAACACGUGAUUUGGAGAUUUCAGGUGGUGCUGGCAACACUUCCCGCUUGAAAGGCAUGAGUGGCUGGACCAAGUUGAGAAGCAGAUAGUAUAUCCAUGAUGAAAGCCAAUAAGCAUUCAAGUCCAAGUGC